GAACCUCAGUAGAAGAGUUCGCAGAAAAAGUCGUCGUCUUCAGGUUACCUUUCCCAAAGUUUGUUCAAGUUUCUAAGGCUAAGCAUGGACUUGCUUUCGCUUUCUUCGCCAUUAUCUCCUCAGUUAUUUUCUAUUUCUAAACCAACUUCCUCGCUUCGCUCCAAUUCAUUUUCUCUCUCUUUCAAACCCAUUUCUUCUCGUAAAACCCCGAAGUUAUUCGCUAAAACCCUAGCGCUUCCAGAGCAACAUCAACAUGUGCAUUUAUCUUCUUCUCCUCAGACCCCGGCCACCGCCAUGCGAGGCGCAGAGGGUGACGCCAUGGGCCUCCUUCUCAGAGAGAGAAUCGUCUUUUUGGGUAACCAAAUAGACGAUUUCGUAGCUGAUGCCAUUAUUAGUCAGCUUCUGUUACUUGACGCUCAGGACCCUACCAAAGAUAUCAGACUUUUCGUCAAUUCUCCUGGCGGCUCUCUGAGUGCCACAAUGGCUAUAUAUGAUGUGGUGCAGCUGGUGAGAGCUGACGUGUCCACAGUUGCACUUGGCAUUGCAGCAUCAACUGCUUCGAUAAUUCUUGGUGGUGGCACCAAAGGAAAGCGUCUUGCAAUGCCCAACACGCGAAUUAUGAUUCAUCAGCCUCUUGGAGGGGCUAGUGGGCAAGCAAUUGAUGUGGAAAUUCAAGCGAAAGAAAUUAUGCAUAACAAGAAUAAUAUUACCAGAAUUAUAUCUGGUUUCACUGGUCGUCCUUUCGAACAAGUGCAAAAGGAGAUUGAUAGGGAUCGAUACAUGUCUCCAAUUGAAGCGGUUGAAUAUGGAAUUAUCGAUGGAGUUAUUGAUAGAGAUAGCAUCAUUCCUUUGGUGCCUGUUCCAGAUAAGGUCAAACCAAACUUCAAUUACGAGGAAAUUAGUAAAGAUCCAAGGAAAUACUUGACACCAGAUGUUCCUGAUGAUGAAAUUUACUAGCAUGGAGUGUUUUUUAGUGGAAAAAUGGAUUGGGAAACAGCAUUGGAUAGGUUCGUUCAUGGUGAUAGUGAUGGAGAAUACGAGCCUCCAAGAAUUCCAAAAGUGUUAGGCUUGGAAGGGAUGAUUGAAAAUAGCAAUUGCAGUAAACCUUUUGGGAAGGAAUUGACAAAAAGUGAAUUGUUCCUAUACAAAUCUGACGUCGAAGAAUGCUUGCUUCCUCUCUUGAAUGGACGUGAGAAUAUUCGUCAUGGAAUUCCUGUAGAUCCAUAUAAUAUUUUAUGGGAGGAAGUAUCAGAUGGUUUUCCUUCUUAGGCCUGACGAAAAUUACUAUGUCCUUAACAAUGGAUGGUCGCAAUUUGCAAAGGAUGAUGAGUUUCAAGUGAAAGAGUAUGUGACAAUAUGGAUGUUUCGCCAUGUUGGGACUAGAAAACAUUGCGGAGAUUUUCAUAUAUAUAUAUCCUGUCAUGGGUCAAAACCCUGCUUCCAAACCGGCCAAAAAUUAUAAAUCCGGUUGGCUUUAUUUAA